AAAAGUAGAAGAUUAUAUACCAACAAAGACGCUUUCCUAAUUCGUCGGCUCCUUCCCCUGUUCAUUUAGCAAGCAAAUUAAAUCUUAUAAUUUCUUCGUCUUCUUCGGGUUUUGAUGCUGUACUCUCUCAUCUUUUUCCACCAACUACAUACUUGUUUAUCUUUCCAAACGCUCAUUAUCCACAUUCUUUUGUUACUUUCUUACAAUGUCUCUCGUUUUCGUGUCUUCUCGCUCAAGUAUCAUAUCGACCUCGUUUUCUCUGAUCUUGCAGGUCAUCCCGCCCGCUCUCAUGCUGAUUCUGCCGCUUGUGUCGGCUGUCUUUCUGGCUCAUUCAUCUCCUUUUAGUCGAAACAAACUUGUCCCAAAUAUUCUUUUGGCGUUCAAUAUUGUCCUACCAGCCAUUGCUAGCGGACUUGGCCUCGGAGCAUCACUCAACCAUGACCUGCUCCUUUAUCGCUUCUGGAAUGUCUGUUUGGCCUUGCACGCGUGUCUCUUAUCUUUAAGUUCUCUGUACGUAUUGUUCGUGGCCACCACGCCAGAUUCCCUGGUUCCCCACCGCGCCCUUCGCUUCGUAUCGGUUUUGAUCACAACAUUUCUCGUCUGCGCAACAAUCACUGGCUCAAUUGCAAGCACUCCUGCUUCGCUUUCACCCACAUUCUCUCUCAUCUCACGAAGUCUUCAACUGCCUCUCGCUAUUGGAAUCUUCCUUGAUAUACGCUCCGCUAUCGCCGUUGCAGGUCCAUUCGCCAAUGCAUCCGAGAAAGAUCGAGCAGGCCUCCGAGAGCUCAGUUCGCCCGACCACCUGUCCGAAUAGAUCUAGACGGGUCAGUUCACCCACUCCUGACACCUGCCUUUUCCAGGCUCCUUGGCGCAUACUCAGCUGACGUCGUCGGUUAAGAGUGUAAAAUCCGU